AUUGAAAUUUCAGGAUAGUUAUUUUUUUUAAAUUAUUAAAAGCUCAAAUUUUCCGUGCGAGAUCGGUAAUCCCACGGUGUCAUCAUCCCUAACAAGUGGAAAAGAAGGGGUUGCAUACCACCAGAUCACCCGUAUCCGGAAGCUCUUUCUCUGUCCUCUAAAAUGCUCUCCUCACUCCACUCCCCUCGCCACCUCCUCCUCCACCACCGUUACCCCAACCUCCCUCUCCCCUCAAAACCCCUCUCCUCCUCCCCCAAAUCCCUCCACACCUCCAAUUCCCAAACCCUCCCCCUCUCGCCACCACCCCCUCAAUCCCCAACCCCCACCUCCCAAAUCCUCACUACCCGCGAAUCCCUCCUCGCCCGCCGCACCACCGCCCUCGACCUCGCCGAGACCUUCCUCCGCCGCCUCCGCCGCACCGAGCCCCACCUCCACAGCUUCCUCCACGUGUCCGACGCCGUGCUCAAGGAGGCCGAGGCUAUCGACAGGAAGAUCGAGCAGAACGAAGCGGUGGGGCCGCUGGCCGGAAUCCUGGUUGCCGUCAAGGAUAAUAUAUGUACGGCGGACAUGCCGACGACGGCCGGGUCUAGGGUUUUGGAAGGGUACCAGCCGCCGUUCGACGCCACGGCGGUAAGGAAGUUGAGGGAGAGUGGGGCGAUUAUUGUUGGGAAGACUAAUUUGGAUGAGUUUGGGAUGGGGAGUACUACUGAAGGCUCUGCAUACCAGGUGACAGCAAAUCCUUGGGAUUUGUCAAGGGUGCCAGGAGGAUCAUCAGGUGGUUCAGCUGCAGCUGUUUCUGCCAGGCAAUGUGUAGUAUCAUUGGGCAGUGAUACUGGAGGAAGCGUAAGGCAGCCGGCAUCUUUUUGUGGUGUUGUGGGAUUGAAGCCAACAUACGGGCGUGUGUCGAGAUAUGGACUCGUGGCUUAUGCAUCAUCCCUGGAUGUUAUUGGAUGUUUUGGUUCUUCAGUUGCUGAUGCAGGAAUUCUCCUCCAUUCAAUAUCUGGUCAUGAUAGAUUUGAUGCCACUAGUAGUAAGCGACAAGUCCCCGACUUCGCAUUGCAAUUCAUCUCCAAGGAUUUUUUGGAAUCUAAACCUUUGAAAGGGCUAAGGGUUGGUGUGAUUCGUGAAACUCUUGAUGAUGGUGUUGAUCCCGAAGUAAUAUCAUCCAUUCGUGGUGCUACUUCUCAUUUGGAAGAAUUAGGAUGCACUGUAACAGAGGUUUCAUUACCCUCUUUCUCCCUUGGGCUACCAGCCUACUAUAUCCUUGCCUCAUCGGAGUCAUCUUCGAACUUAUCACGUUAUGAUGGUGUCAGGUAUGGAAACCAAGUUGCUGCUGAUGAGCUAAAUUCCCUUUAUGAGCAUUCCCGUGCCAAAGGAUUUGGUUCUGAGGUCAAAAUGAGAAUUCUAAUGGGAACCUAUGCCCUUUCGGCUGGUUACUAUGACGCCUAUUACAAGCGUGCUCAGCAGGUGAGGACCUUAAUUCGAGAAAACUUCAAGGACGCAUUGGAUAAAAAUGACAUCCUAAUUUCUCCAGCAGCUCCUUCUGCUGCAUAUAAGAUUGGUGAAAAGAAAAAUGAUCCAUUGGCAAUGUAUGCUGGAGACAUCAUGACAGUUAAUGUCAACUUGGCCGGUCUGCCUGCGCUGGUUUUGCCAUGUGGAUUUGUUGAAGGGGGGUCCAACAGUCUUCCUGUCGGUUUUCAAUUGAUUGGUGCAGCAUUUGAGGAGGAAAAAUUGCUUAAAGUGGGCCACAUCUUUGAGCAAACUCUUCAAGGUUGUAAUUUUAUUCCUCCAUUGGUAGCUGAUGACUUCGCAUGCUAGCCCCGGCCGAUCUUGUACUCGAGCAUUCUGAAUUGAUUGUAAGGGACUGUACAAUGGUAUCCAUAGUGAUCUCAUGCACAAUACGAAAAUCCUUUGGGGAGACGUAUCAUCAAAUGCGCGGCGUAAGGAUCAGGUAAGGUGGCUCUUUCCAGCGGCUUUGUGCACUCCUGGACUUUUUGCACCCUUUGUCUGGGUUGCUUACCAAUUGAUUCACUUUAGGGAGUGGUUUCUGAUAGCUGUGUUGAGAUAAGUGUUCAUAGUUCACCUCAAAAGCUCAAUUUUUUUUUUGUUUAACAUGGAAAUUUCAUCAAAAGCUCAUAUUUGAAUGGUACUUAUAAAUUAGCUCUAGAAGAUCGUUGGACGAUCUGUCUUGGUUUUGGUUAAAUAUUGUAUUUAUUUAUUUUUCCGAAGUUUAUUUCCAAACUAUUGGUAAUUUUGUCUUA